GAUGAUGAUCGGUAUCCCGUGCCAUCCUCCCCGGGGGUGUCCCUGAGAGCGGGCAUAUGCCACCCAGGCACCGGGGGACAGCUGUAUGUGUGCCGUGUACUGGUUAUUACCCGGUGGUGGCCUCUGUAGCGCACACAUGCCUGAGCUUGACCAGUGGUAAGAAGAAGCCCCUGAAGCAGUCUAAGAAGCAAAGCAAGGAAUUAGAUGAGGAGGAUGUGGUGUUCAAGCAGAAACAGAAAGAAGAGCAAAAAAAGCUGGACGAACUGAAGGGCAAAGCAGCGCAGAAGGGGCCACUCACUGGCGGCGGAAUAAAGAAAUCUGGCAAGAAGUGAUCCGCUUGUUUACAUGACUUUGUUUCCUGUGUUGGGUUCAGAGGAUCUCCCGGGAGUAGCGGCUCUGUGCGGAUCUCUUCUAUGUCUGUGUACAGUGAUAAUACACGUUUUUGUGACUGCCCCUUUUUGUUUUUUAAUGCAGUGGCAUCUGAGACUAAACUAAUGUUAAACUUGCUCCCAUGACGUAUGUGUCCCCUUCCCCAAAGAAAUAAAUGUGUAAAGAGAA